GGAAAAAACCUUCUUUUACCUUUUAUUUUAGAAAUGGGAAAAUCUCUUUCUCAUCUACCGAUACAUACGUGUAAGGAAGAUGGCUAUGAUGGAGGUACAGUGUCGGAUAAUAUGAGGAAUGGGUUAGUUCACUCAGAAUCACACGGUGAGGAUGGCAGAUGUGGGGAUGUGUCACAGUUUCCAUACGUGGAAUUCACAGGAAGGGAUAGUGUCACUUGUCCUACCUGCCAGGGAACGGGAAGAAUUCCACGAGGGCAGGAAAACCAGCUGGUAGCAUUAAUUCCAUACAGUGAUCAGAGACUAAGGCCAAGAAGAACAAAACUCUACGUGACUGCUUCUGUAAUUGUAUGUCUCCUACUUUCUGGACUGGCUGUUUUCUUAUUUCCUCGCUCAGUCGAUGUUGAAUACAUUGGUGUGAAGUCAGUUUAUGUCAACUAUGAACAGAGCAGACGUAUAAUAUAUUUAAAUAUUACGAACACGCUAAAUAUAACAAACAACAACUAUUAUUCUGUUGAAGUAGCAAACAUCACAGCCCAAGUUCAGUUUUCAAAAACAGUUAUUGGCAAAGCACGGCUAAACAACAUCACCAACAUUGGUCCUUUGGAUAUGAAACAGAUUGACUAUAUGGUGCCCACAGUCAUACAAGAUGAAAUGAGCUACAUGUUUGACUUCUGUACUUUAGCAUCAAUCAAAGUGCAUAACAUAGUGGUGAUGAUGCAAGUGACGGUGACAACCUCUUACUUUGGCCACUCUGAGCAAAUAUCCCGAGAGAAAUACCAGUAUGUGGACUGUGGAGGAAACACAACCUACCAGCUGGGCCAGUCAGAGUAUUUAAAUGUACUUCAGCCUCCUCAGUGAAAGCACCUGUUGGUUAGUGUGGAAUGACUGCUCUUGAUGCUUGCAGAAAUCCUUUAAAUAGGACUGGUACUUUGUAAAGGAGAGAAUAUGUGCAUGUUAUGCAAAAGAAAUGUGGUGGUCUGUUCACUUUAAUUGCAAGGAGGGAAAAGUUCCAAAAUGUAUAUAGAUGCACUUGUUAAAUGUUGUGUUUUUCCCCUUCUGUUUGCUUUCUGUUACUGUAAACACUUCUGUCAAGGUGUGUGGUUGAAGGGAGAGGGGGAAUUACAGAUUGUUGAGCUGAAUUGGGACCUUUUACAGUGUGGUAUAUCAAUUUAGAGUAAUUGUGUGUAUUUGUCUGUUUAGGUGAAAUGUGUCACUAAUGAGCAUUUUAGAAGAAUUGAUACUCAUAACUUCUAAGUUUAUAUUUUCAGUUCUUGAUAUUUGACUCUUGAAACUUGCAGUAUAACUACUUAAGUAACAAGAUUGCUUUGAGGGACCUGGGUGUGAAACUAAUAUUAGUAAACCAGUGGCAAUAUUUCUUUGGUUGGUAUUCUACUUUUUGCUAUAUUUGAUCAGAAGUGAUAUGCAGACUGUGAAAGCCAGGAAAGCUCUCAUGGAGGACACUAUACUUGAAUGUGCAACUUUUAGAAUCUGGCAUCCUCUUGUUCAUAUUGACCCCUGCCAUCUCUGGGAUGUUACAAGGAGAAUGUAUGUUGCUAGAUUUAAAACAAGGUUUAAAAAAAGAAAUUCCCCCUACCAAAUCAUUGCUGAAGGAAAAAAGGAAAAAUUCAAGACUGGAAAGUGAAGGAGUUAAGGUUUCAACAGUGUCAUUCCAUUCUUUUCUUUUUCAAUUAAACUUUUGAGUACAACUAUUAAAAUCAGAGUUGUAUAGUUAGGAACUAAGUGGAAACCUGUUUGAGCAUGGGUUUGGGCAGCUAGAUGUAAAUCUUUAACAUUUUUAUUGCUUUGAUAUACUUUGUAUCUAAGCUCCUUGUCAAUGUUAAUACCUUGGGGUGUUUGUACUUAGUGCACGGGCUUGGAAAGCAAUGCAGUAGUUACCUGAAUCUCCUGAGUGCUCGUAGUUCACAUCAGUUGUGGGAUUAGGAUAUACCAACUCCUUCUGAAUGAAUAAAUGUUAACUUAAAACAAAACUAAUACAAAAUAGUUUAAUUGGUUUAGUUUGCACAAUUCUGGGGUUUCUAUCAAAUGCAGUAACUGUAAAUUUCAGGUUUGAAGUUGCUCAACUUCUAAAAACUGACUGUUCUAAGGGCAAGGUGCAAAACUUUUUAGUUAACUAGAUUGGGAUUGUUUUAAUUCUGAAUUAGGUGAAGCUUCAAGAAAGUUCUAUUGAGACAUUGUAAUGAAUACAAAAUUUUUUGAAAUGCUGUAGUUUUUAUGCUUCCCAUCUCCUGGAAAUAAGCUAUAUAAAAUGAUUCAGCAAUAAACACUAUGGAAAAAAGCUACAGAGUAACUUCUUGCAACUAAUCAUCCUUUAUGCUGCAGCAAUUUGGUGAAGUUAUGUGUCUGUAUUAUUCUUCAUCAGUGUUCUUCAGGUGGACCUAAAGGUGGUGAUCGGGAAACAUAUCAGUUAGACAAGUCUGAUAUAUUUUUUUUUAAGGGGGGAGAGAAAAAAAAAAGUAUACAAAAAAAAAAUGUCUGAAUGCAGUGAGCACUUAUCCUGAAUGCCUAUGAAAAAUCUGACUUAUAUUGGAACAUAAACUGUCAGUUUCCUGUAGUUUCUGAUAGAACUGAAAAGUUGAGUUUUGGUUUAGGAGAACUUCAGUACUGGAAUAAUUGAUUCCGAUGACUUACUUUACUUACGUUUUGAAAGUUAUUCUUGUAUCUAGGCACUUAAAAAUCUCCAUUGUGUCUUAAUCACAAGGCAAACAAGUUCACAACUGGCUCUCCUGGUCUUCCUAGACUUGUGGAUCAGGUUCAGUCUUGUGGAUGAUACAACGUGUGCGGAAGCUAAUCUGACAGUCUGAAAAGAUAGAGCUGAUAACUCAAGACCAGACUAGUAGGAAGCUGGCUAAAAGCAGAGAAGUAACAUCUAAUAUUCUAUGUGACAUGGAAGGAUUCACUUCUGUUGGAGCAUAUGGGAAGAAAUCUGUUUUAAACCAUGUUGUAUUUGAAGUCAACCAGUAAGCAGUAUUUUUUCCCUCUGUGUCCAAGUAUUUAAGCCUCAAGUUUGUUGUAUUUAUUUUUUUCUUGUUUCAUGUUGAUGUAGAAAAAAAGAAAACAGCCCUAGGCAGAUACAUAUAUACAUAUAUAUAUAUAUUUUUUUUUGUACUAGUUUAAACCAAAAUUUUAUUCAAAGGAGUAAAAGUAAUCUAAAAUAACUGGAAUGGUGCAAUGAUGUACUUAUUUGGUCACAGUAGGUAGCAGAUGCUGCUUGAACAAGUGUUUUUAGGGAUUUUAUGCUUGCUUAUGUGGUGUUGUGACACAACUCAGACUGACAUUUGAAAGUUUGGCAGACAUGCUGAGCAAAAUGCAUACUUAAUCUGUGAAUCUCCAACUGCUUAAAAUGCUCUAUGUUAUCUAAUUUAAAAUAAAAUGUGCUGAGUGGGAUUAUUCUUUCCAUGGAUAUGGAGGGAUAAAAUAUUAUUUUUAAUAACUGCUUAUCACCUGGGAUACCUAAUGGGUGUAAAUUUUAACACUAUUAAUUUGUGGUGGGAUUACUGAAUAACUAAGAUUUCUUACCUGAAAGUAGAAUCUGGUAGAGUUGGUGAAUUUUCAAAUUAAGUAAUUUACAAGAGCAUUAAAAGCAUGUUACUUUGUGCUUGCAAUAACUGUCAGCAUGUUGUUAACCAAACAAAGUUUUGCAAACAAGCUAUGAUUCAAAUGAAAGACCUCUUAUAGCCUCAUUUAUUUCUAUUGAUUUUUGUUUUGUAACAAAUGAGAGCCUUAUGGUCCACUGUUGUCCAAGUAGUACAAAUUCUAAAUUCUUUCCAGAAGUUCAGCUUGAAGAACCAUUGUCUUUCCCGAUUUGUUUUCAUCUUGUAAGAGGUUUUCUGAUGGAUUAACUUAUUUCUUUUUCUGAAAUGAUGAGUAUUUCACUUGUAACUUAUCCCUUAAUCUUAGAAUAUGAUCAAAUGCAUACAUGACAACAUUGCAUUGCUUUAUUUCAAGGGAUUUAUUUCUGGUAUUCUUUUCACUGGAACUAUUUCUUGCAAUUCCUGUAGUAAAACCUAUUGCACUUUAAAAUAAAGCUCUUUUAGUUAUCUGUUGAAACAGUGGUUCAGGUAUUGUAGUGCAAUGGGACAAUCCAAAACAAAAACCUUAAUGUAUUCCAUAUAUAAUAGGUGUAAAAUUUCAAAAUUCGAAGUUAGACUAUUACGAAAAACUUAAAUGAGUAAGAAUGAUAGCUGCUCUGACCCACAGAACAAAAUUAGAUUUCAAUAUGAUGCUUUAAAAACGAGUGAGUGAAGCCACUAAAACUUGAAGAUUUCUUUAUCCAUCUUGGCAUAUAGGGGGCAAUUGCUUGCUGCUUAAUUUCAUGUGAAAGACAAGCAUUAAGUAUCUUAUCCUGUCUAGUGCAGCUUUGAAGUUCUUAAUGCACUUCUGGUUUGUGCAUGACCUUGAUGUUAACAUUGUGGUAUAUUUUGCAGCCUUGUGCUGGCACAGUUAAGUACAUGCCUCAGUUGACUCUUUCAGUUUGUCCUUGAAGUCCUUCAAGUGAAUAAAUUUCUUCAUAGCAAUUCAUUGCAAACAUGACUAGUCCUUCUAGUGUGUGGUUAACCACAGAAUUUCUGAGCUCUACGAUUGAACUGUUAGGGUCUUUAACCAUCAGACUGAAAUGUUGUGCCCACAUGAUGGGAAGGAUGGUUCUUGUAGUAGUACAAGAGAGAUUUGUAGACUUGAAAAAAUAAUUUAUUUCUUUAUUUCUUGUUUGCUAUUUGAAGCUUCCUUCUGGGAGGUUCAGUUGUGGUUUUGCUUUUUUCCCCUCUACUCUCUCCCCAGUCUGUAAUGGGAUAGCUGUGUGUUACCGUCUUAUGAAAUGGGUGACUUGUUUCUGAGUCAGGCACCUACAUGAACCUUCACAUCAGUGGGACUGGACAGGUAGUUAAGAUACAACUAAGGCUAGCAGUAGUACUCUCCUCUGAACUAAAUUUUUCUAUUGCCUCUAACAAAAAGCCAAAACUCUAGCAAUGCUUCUAGGCUUAUUACUUCUGAAAGGGAAGGAUGAACAAGAUGAGUGCAGCCAACGUAAUAAAAUCCAACCAAACAUGUUAAAAACAAUUAUUUGGGUAUGGCAAAAACAUCUGGUAUUUGUCUACACAAGAAGCAGUCUUCCUUUUUUUUUUUUCUUUUAAAUCUUUAAAUGGAGAUUCUGGUAAUGAGGGAGAUUGCUUUGCUGCCCCUAAAGCUUUUGUCAUGCAAACAUGGUUUUCUGCCUUUGGGUUGGUCUGUUAGACAGGAGCUGUUCUCUGUAAGAAAUCUGUACAGUUAGAGCUAGUGUGUCCAGCCCUAAGGCACAGUGUGAGACCUCUGGUGAGGGUCUCACAGUGUGGAUGUGUGUUUUUUGGAUACUGAAACUGCUUUUGCUUUGUGUGAGUAGGGAUGUUUACUGCCAGACAUGCAAGCAUUAUGGUGCCUAAAUAUUUUGGGCCUAACCAUGAGUGAUUUAGUUCGGGGUUUUUUUUGUUUCGAGUAAGUGAACUUAACCACUGUUAACAUCCACUGUACAGAGUGUGCAUAUAAUAGCUUGAACUAUGUAUA